AUGGUACAGAUGCAAGGCGAAAUCACCGAUCUGUUCGAAAGACAGGAGAAUGCCAAAGCUUCGGCACUUCUAGCGUAUUUCACCAAUACCUUUCUGCGAGAACCUAAGGAAGGGGGAAGAAGGUCCAUGUCCAGGAACCCGACCCCAGGCCCGAGCACCAUACGCAACCCUAUCCAACGUCCUCCAACGAGGGAGCAGCCACCAGAACCUAGGGAGAGAACUCCAGAUUUGCUGAGCGACCGACAAGAGACCCCAGAGCGAAUCCCGGUGUCAAGGAGAAGCCCCUACACGCUGAUCCAGGAGAACCUGUCAGAACCAACCUCGGAGGUCCCUAACAAAGGCAGGACUCACGAUACAAGAGCUCGACGCACUCACGACCCACCCCGUCAUCCUGGCACCCCCUCCCCCAACCACGACUCUUCACCCACGAGGGGAGGUCCUCCAGGAAGGAGUAGAUCAAAGACACCACCUCAACCACACCGUAACGAUCCACCACAGGGGACGAGACGUGACUUGGAACCGGCGAGUUUAAAUGAACAGGAAUUGGUGGGAGGAGUCCAGACGAAAUCAGAAGAAGAAUUGGCGAAGUCGAUGCUCGAAUCAGGGAAGGGGAGGAUGGUCUUGUCUAACGGAGACGUAAUAGAAAAUGGUAGACAAAUUUUACAGAAUGAAUCAGAACAAAUGGAGAAAAUCCUAACUCCCCUAUCGCAAGUUUUACAAGUGUGGAUGAAAACUUUCAAAGCUUACAUUCCGCUGACCGUUUUCAACAAGAGGUGGUUGCGAGAGGACCAAAAGGCAUGGGAAGUGAAAGAACCCCAAACGGAGGCGAAAAUCUUGAAAGGCGGAUCGAAUGUGAAGGCCUACGGCGGCAAACCCCCUCCCGACAAACUCUUGAUGCAAUUCGAAGAUUGGCUCGACAGUAUGAAACUGUUUGUCCGGUAUGUGGAGGAAGCGGGCUGGAUUACCCAAGCUGCUCGAUUCAGGUCGCACAUGAAUGUAGUGAUGGACCUCCGCGACAACAUCGGUUGGAUGGUGGCGUUACGCUACUGUAUAAGGAUUCGGCAAGGUGUGAUGAGGGUCACUGUAGACCAGAAGAUAUGUAACAUAUCAAACGUUCAGUCACGGGUUUUAGAGGAAGUGAAGUUGGUAUGCGAAAAUAUGGGGGAACGAGCUUACCAAUCAAACCCCUAUGCUCCCGGUGGCCCCAAAGACCACAUCGACCCAGACUCCGGCCUACCGAGAACCCCAUCGUCCAGAUUCGCAGCGACCAACAAGAAGACAGCUACGACAGAGAACAACGCAUACGACGCUGAUCGUAAACCGAAACGAAAGUGGCUACCGGAUGACGUAUGGGAGGCGAAGAAGAAGGCGGAAAGAGCGGCAAGGAACGGGAAGAAAGACGACUGGGGAAAGGCAGCUGGCAGAUACGCAGAGCGUGGAAACUGGAGAGAUGAUAAGAAACGCGACCGUAGCCGCAGUCGGAGCCGGGAUAGAGGCCAAGGCUACAAGGCCGGAGGCGGGAGAGGAGGGAGAGGUCGAUACUAG